AUGUCUGCUCCAGCCGAGCCCGACGGGGCUCUGCCUCAGCGACAGACAAAUCAAGCCCCCCUUCUUGAUACGAUCGAUAAACUACGAGGCCUUGGUGUCGGUGAGCUCGUUGACUUGCCGCAGAUGAUUAUUUGUGGUUCCAAGUCAAACGCCAAGCGCUCUAUUAUCGAGGCAAUUUCUCGCGUGGGCUUUCCAGUGAGGAAUGACUUUUACACUGGGUUUGUUACGGAGAUCAUAUUACGCCGCCAUCCAACUCCCCGCUUCAAAGUGAGCAUCCAACCUGGUCCAUCGAAGAAAAACGACGUAGACAUCCAGCAACUCAAGGAAUUUGUGCCCUCUGUUCAUGACAGUACUGAGCAGUCAGUGUCACUGAUUGAGCAAGCUACGGAAUUUAUUAAACCCUCUGCCGAGGAUGGAUUCAGCGACGAUGUGAUGAAAGUCGAGAUUUCUGGUCCCGAUCAACCUGAUCUGACCCUUAUCGAUAUGCCUAGGCUUUACUUCACAGAAGGCCUGGACAUCGAAGAUCGAGAGAAGAGUCAUGGCCGUCUUCGCAUUGAAAAGUACGUGCUGAAUGCACGCACCAUCAUCCUCACUGUGGUAUCGGCCAAAAUCGACAUUUGUGGUCAAAAGAUCAACGAUUUUGCUGACAAGUAUGAUCGGGAGCGAAAGCGGAUCCUAGGAAUUAUCACCCAUCUCGAUACACUCGAAGCAUCAUCAGACGAGGAGAAGUUAUGGUUGAAGGCUGUCAAAGAGGAAAUGUCCAAACGGCCGCUGGGCUUGCAUUUGGUGUGCACCCGAUCAUACGAGACACGAGAUGUGCCAGACGAAGAGAGAGACGAGAAGGAGAAGGAUUUCUUCGACAGCGGAGAUUGGAAAACUGUGGCAAAACAAUUCAUAGGGACUAGCAACCUCCGGCGUCGACUGAGUACUCUUUUUGUGAAUCAAGUUCGAAGCAGCCUCCCAGGUCUGGUUUCUGAAAUCGAUAAAAGCAUUAUGAAGAGCCAAUCGGGGCUGGCCAAGCUAAGUGUUCCCCGAGCGACUGUUCAUCAACAGAAAGCAUUCCUUUUCAAUCUGAGCAGUGCUUUCCAGCGCAUAACCGAACAAGCAUUGAGUGGCAUGUACACCGACGACUUCUUUGCUACCCGAAUGGAUGAUGAUGAAUCCAAGACUCACGACCCUCGACGUCUUCGUGCUAUCGUUCGUGACUUGAACGAAGAUUUUGCAGAUGUUAUGGAAAUUUCCGGGAGCCGUCAAUUCAUUCAUGGGGUCAGCAAUCAGAUAAUUUCGUUGCCAAACCCUUGCAACCCUUACACAAAUAUCAGACAGCCGGAACACAGGAGCCGCUCAAAUUUCGAACUCGAGGUCAUUAGACGAAUUUCCCGCGGCAGAGGAGUUGAAUUCCCAGGAAACGCCAGUCAGCUAGUGGUUGGUAGCCUCUUCCGGGACCAGUCGCAGCCUUGGGAGGAAAUUGCUCGAGCCCAUUUGUUGAAAUCAUGGGAGUCCACCCGAGACUUUGUGUCGCUUCUGCUGGACUAUCUUACGGAUGAACACACGUCUGCUGUGAUAAUGCGAACUAUCAUUUCGCCUCAUCUUGACAGAAUGAAAAGCAGUCUACUGGCGAAGGUAGAUGAGUUGAGUGCUUCCCACAAGCGAGGCCACCCAUUGCCUAUGAGUCGUAGCUUCCUUCGAGGUCAUCCAUUGCCUCUUGAUCGAAGUUUCCUUGCCAAGAUGCAGAAAUCGAGAAAUGAUCGCCUGUUUGCCAACCUCCAACGAAACCUUCCUUCAACUUUGAACAAUACCGUCACUAUGGAAGAGCUUAAGGCAGCGACUCAGAACAUGGAAUCAUCCAGCAAUCCGUUCGCAGCCUCGGACAUCGUUGACCAGUUUCAAUCGUACUACAACAACGCGCUUUUGAUCUUCAUUGACAACAUUGCAAAUCUUGGGAUCGAGAAUUGCCUUCUCGGUCCUCUGAAUGGCGUCUUCACAACCCAGACAGUCACCAAAAUGGACGACAGCCAAAUUGAGCAACUUUUCGCUGGUGUACACGAUGGUGUGCAACAUUGGCAAGGCCAUCUGACUCGUGAGGUGGAGAAAUUGCAAACUGGGCUGCGAGCAUUGAGUCGAUUCAAUGUUGCGAAGGAAACAACGCCAUCUAUUGGAACAAUCAACCAGCCCGGAUCAGGUUCGGCUGAUGGGUGCUCAAAUGUCCAAUCAUUCCUCAUGCCUCAAGGUAUUCUGUGCAAUGGUGCAUCUGCCAACCCUUUCGGGGUACUAUGUGUGGAUUCUACAGUUCAAGGCCAGAACAGUACUCCCAGGUAUCAACUUUCGUGGCCAUACAGCUCGACGUCCGACGUGCAGAGUUCAAUCACGCCUCGCCCCAGUGGUCCAUUCGGCUUGAAUCCCGGUACGGUCAAUUCUGGCACAGUGAGUGCUCCAUCUGCAUCUUUCUCGAUUGCGAACCCCAAUCCAAGCUCUGGCGCUUCCGGUGCACCUGCAUUCUCCGGGGCUACACUUCCGCUUUCCACAUUUACACCUAGCACGUUCUGGUCCCCGCCUACUCGACCCGUUCCAUCCCGUACACCAGACACGCGUGACCACGAUCGGAAUUGGUACAGGGAGGAGAAGGAAGCUCGCGAUACCGGCACGUUCAACAAUCGAUACCAUUCAAUUUGUUUCCACGAUCGAUACAAGUAUUGGUCACCAGAGGAGCUGCGAUUGACGGACUAUGAGUUCGGCCGCGAGACACCCAGACAAACAGCAGCACGACGUCUUGCCAGAGCGAUUGAAGGAAGUCUGGAUCAAGCAACGAUCAGAUCACCAGCUUUGCCUUGA